CUUCAGCACCCUGAAAACUCCCUCCCUAUCCCAGAGCUGUAGCGCGCACAGGCCUCACCAUGCUUCUGUUGCUGGGAUUGUGCCUGGGGCUGCCCCUCUUCUCGGAGUCCCAGGAAGAGGCUCGGAGCUGGGAUGACGCCUCGGAGCAAGUCUCACUCAGGGUCCCCAGGCAACUCAGGCUGCUACAAAGGCUGAAAGCCAAGCCCUUGAUGACGGAGUUCUCGGUGAAGUCGACCAUCAUUUCUCGCUAUGCCUUCACCACAGUUUCCUGCAGAAUGCUCAACAGAGCUUCUGAGGACCAGGAUGUGGAGUUCCAGAUGCAGAUUCCAGAAGCAGCGUUCAUCACCAACUUCACCAUGCUUAUCGGAGACAAAGUGUAUCAGAGUGAAAUUGUAGAGAAAGCAAAGAAAAGCCGUGAGAGGAUAGAAGAAAAAAGAAACAAAACCACAGAGAAUAAUGAGGAGAAGGGUGCUGACAUGUUCAGAGCUUCCUUAGUGAUUCCCAGCAAGGACAAAGCCGCUUUCCUCCUCAGUUAUGAGGAACUUCUGCAGAGGAGGCUGGGGAAAUACGAGCAUUCCAUCAGCGUGCGCCCCCAGCAGCUGGUGGGGAGGCUGACUGUGGAGGUGAAUGUUCUGGAGAGGUCGGGCAUCUCGGCCUUGGAGGUGCUGCCUCUUCAGAACAGCAGGAAGAAGGGCAGUGGGACGGCAGAAGGCGACACGGGUCCUCCCCCUUCUACAGUCAUCAACCAAAAUGAAACUUUUGCCAAAGUUAUUUUUAAGCCGACUGUGGUCCAACAAGCUAAGAUUGCCCAGAAUGGAAUUUUGGGAGAUUUCAUCAUUCGAUACGAUGUGAAGAGAGAGCAGAGCAUUGGUGAUAUCCAGGUUCUGAAUGGUUACUUUGUGCACUACUUUGCUCCCAAAGACCUUCCUCCUCUACCCAAGAAUGUGGUUUUCGUGCUUGACAUCAGUGCCUCCAUGGUGGGAGCUAAACUCCAGCAGACCAGGGAAGCCCUCGUCACAAUUCUCAAUGACCUCCGACCCCAGGACCAUUUCAAUAUCAUUGGGUUUUCCAACCGGAUUAAAGCGUGGAAGGACCACUUGCUGCCAGUGACUCCCGAUAACAUCAGGAAUGGCAAGCUGUACAUCUACCACCUGUCUCCCACUGGAGGUACAGACAUCAAUGGGGCCCUGCAGAAGGCCAUCAAACUGCUCAACAAUUACGUGGCCCAGAACGACAUUGAAGAUCGGAGCGUGUCCCUCAUCGUCUUCCUCACGGAUGGGAAACCCACCUUCGGGGAGACCAAUACCCUGAAGAUUCUGAGCAACACCAAGGAAGCCACUGGAGGUCAGAUCUGCAUCUUCACCAUCGGCAUCGGCAAUGACGUGGACUUCAAACUGUUGGAGAAACUUUCGCUGGAGAACUGUGGCCUUACACGGCGCGUUCAUGAGGAGGAGAAAGCAGGAGCACAACUCAUUGGGUUCUAUGAUGAGAUUCGGACCCCGCUUCUCUCUGACAUCCGCAUCGAUUAUCCCCCGGAUGUAGUGGAGCAUGCCACCAGAACCCUGUUUCCCAACUACUUUAAUGGCUCUGAGAUCAUCAUUGCUGGGAAGAUGGUAGACAGGAAGUUUGAUCAGUUCCACGUGGAGGUCACUGCAAGCAACAGUAAGAAAUUUGUCAUCCUGAAGAAAGACAUCCCCGUGGAGUCUCAAAAGCUGGGGAAUGACGUCACAGUGGCUCCUGGGCCUACCAGUGAUGGUGGGAAGGACCCCAACCACAUCGAGCGUCUUUGGAGCUACCUCACUGUGAAGGAACUGCUGAGCUCCUGGGUGCAGAGCAGCAGCGAGCAAGAGAAGGAGCAGCUGAGGCAGAAGGCCCAGGCUUUAGCCUUGAAUUACCACUUCCUGACCCCCUUCACCUCCAUGAAGCUGAAGAGGCCAGGGCUCCACACAGGCGGGCUGGAGGAGAGCCGCGGCAUGUCUGCAGCCACAGGCCCUGAGACGGUGGUGCAGAGCCUGAGAGGAGCCGACACGCAGCCAGGACCUGCUCUCAAGAAAUCAUAUAGCCCAAGAAUUAAAAUCACUAAAACAUCAGUGGAUGGUGAUCCCCAUUUUGUUGUGGAUUUCCCCUUAAGCAAACUCACUGUCUGCUUUAACAUUGACGGAGAGCCUGGGGACAUCCUACGGUUGGUCUCUGAUCACCUGGACUCUGGUGUGACUGUGAAUGGAGAGCUUAUUGGGGCCCCAGCACCUCCAAAUGGUCACAAGAAACAGCGCACAUACUUCCGAACCAUCACCAUCCUUAUCAACCGGCCGGAGAGAUCUUACCUUGAGAUCACACCGAACAGGGUCGUCCUGGAUGGCGGAGACAGGCUGGUCCUCCCCUGCAACCAGAGUGUGGUGGUAGGGAGCCGGGGACUGGAGGUGUCGGUGUCUGCCAACGCCAACGUCACUGUCACCAUCCAGGGUACCAUUGCCUUCGUCAUCCUCAUUCACCUCUACAAAAAGCCAGCACCCUUCCAGCGAAACCACCUGGGCUUCUAUAUUGCCAAUAGCAAAGGACUUUCCAACAAUUGCCAUGGCCUGUUAGGUCAGUUCCUGAACCAGGAUGCCAAACUCAUAGAAGGUCCUGCAGUGUCUGGCAAGAAUCUCAGUAAUCAGCCUUUUCCUCAGGCAGAAGGGGUGCCCGAGGCUAUCCUAAACGUGAAGGGGCGCCGAGUGCCAGUGGUCUGGAAACAAAGGAAGAUUUAUAAUGGGCAAGAGCAGGUAGACUGCUGGUUUGACAGAAACAACGCCGCCAAGCUGAUUGACGGGGCGUAUAAGGACUACUUGGCGUCUCACCCAUUUGACACAGAGAAUACACUGGGCCUGAGAAAGUCUCAGAGAGAUGAGACUGGCAGUCUUCUUGAGGAGAGAGUCUAACAAGGAAGUGACUUUGGGUCUACUCUGGAUGCAGCUUGCCUAGUUACCUGCACCUGCCUUAGCUCUUGCUAUGAGCCGCACUCUGUAGCCUGCCCCCUGGUGGAGUGGAGGUCCAGUGUCUGCUAGAGCAAUGAGUCGGGACAGGAAGCCGGAGUGAAAACGCUACAUUCUACUUCCCCUUCCUACCUUCCUCACCCCACCUCUAACAGACAACAAUGAUGGCACCAAGAGGAGAGGAGGUCUAAUUAAGUAAAAUUGUGUAGCAUCUGGAUCGAGCACAUUUUAGUCUACCGCAAAGUAACCCUUUCUGAGGGUUGUCCGAGUUUGGGCACUCUGCUUUUUGCCCUAUAUUCAUGCUUAGGAAUCUCUUCAGUUCCCCUUUUCAGAUGGUGCUCUCAACUUCUUCUCUCAAGGUUAUUUACAUUGAGGCCAGGCCACCAAUCUUGCAAAUCAGUAAUCCACAUAUUGGAUCGCUCUGAACACCUAAGUCUUUUCUUAGCAGAAGAUUGUUUUUUUUUUUCUGUUGUGAAAUCUUACCUUUAAAAACUAGUUUCCAUUGUAAAAAAUUUGGUUAAAAAUAGGAAACUCAAUAUCCCAGAUCCCAAUCUCUUCCUGACUGGCUAUCCAGGUCUCUUGACCUGGCUGGUGGGUGCUUUCCAUUUAUUCUAAUAAGCUAAAUGCUUUUAAUAAAUAGGAAAACUCCCUGUGGGUGAUUUUUACUGACCUGUCUUGGGGAGCCAGCUAGUUAAAAGAUAAAUCUUUUGCUCAGAGUACUUCAGCUUUUUCUGUAAGCCCAACACCUGUGGUUUUGCCUUUGGAUUCCAGGAAUUAGUAAAUUUUAUGAGAACAGUGCUGGCGGCAGAGAGAGACCUAGCCUAGGGUGAUCGGCUCAGCCUACCUGUGGGAAGAAUCACCUUUACAUUCUCGGAAAGAAAGUGGAUACAUGCCGGCAAGCAUGGCUGUCGCUCCAUGAACUAGCAGCAGUACUGGAUACCUGCACAAGAUAGGGCCCGUCAAUAUUCCAUCCACGAAUGGGGCGGGAUCAUGAGGCCUCACUCCUGCCGAAAGAGCUAUGGGCAGAGUUAGUAAUUGCCUGAGAAAGGGGUGUUGUGUUUCUCAGUUGUAAUAUCUGCUGGUAAGGUACCCUUGCUCAAGAAAAUAACCACCAGUUUACAACAAGCAACAACCCUAAUUGAAUACAGUGAAUCACAUCCAUGUAAGAGACAGGAAAAUAAGAGGAGACUCAUGGGGAUGAAGGAAGACAUAAGGAAAGAUCACAGGAAGUGUCAGAGUGGGAUCAGAGUACAUUAGGGAUAUGGCUGAAAUUGGGAAUGAAUACACUAAAUAAAAGAAAACCCAAGAAUAGUUCCCAGUCUCAGAUGGGCACAAGCUAGGAGGUCAGUGUGAGCUUUAGUUGUCGGACUUAGAUGGCUCGAAGCCCCCUAAGAAAAAGGUUACAGUCAGGAGGCUUCAAAAGAUGAGCAAGUGUAGCUUUAUCAUGACUCUCUUCCAACAAGCCUGCCCAUGGCAUCCAAGAGCAAGGAAGAUGCGGGAGCCCCUGGAGCGGCCAUCCCUCCACGUCGUGCCGUUCUUUGCUGUGCUUGGGCUUCUCGGGGCUGAUUGUGAGGGGCCGGCAUGGAAAGGGGUGAGCAGGCAGUGAUGGAAACGAACAAUGGAGGAAGGCAAAGAACGUGCCUGGGGGAAACGGAGUUUUGAUGUGGACCGGAAUGAAAAAGGCUCUUUGCUGUCCCCUACAGAAGGUUUCUCCCAUCAGGCACCGCGCCAAGGCGACCUCUGCAGUAAAACAGGAAGGCUGGUUGGCACUCGCAGAGAAAUUCGCAUCAAGAAAAUUGUUCUCCUUCCUGUGGGAAGCAUUUGGGGAGCACAAUGGCAUUCACAUGUUCUUGUCUGACCCCACAGCAGCCGCAAGAGCCAGCUAGGGCUGCGUGAGUCUCUUUCUGGUCCAUGAACCCACCAGGCCACAGCGGGUCAGCUGUGCUAUUUAUCUAACUCGCUGCGUUCCCAGGCUCAUCUGUCCGUUUUCAAGCCAGGAGUGCAAAGAUGAGCAACCCGUGUGGCUGCCAGAUGUUUCCAUCUUUUCAGGCUUAGAGAAAGAGAGGAUCUCAGGGACCAGUGCUGGUCCCAUUGCAUGUUCCAGGGACUUUCUUAUUACAUAAAUCCCAGCUGGAGA